AUGCAAUGGCGCUCGAUCGUGCUGGGCCUCCUGCUGCUUAGGCUGGGCCUGAACCUGACCGUCUGGCUGCUGUUGGGCUUUGGGCCCAGCCUGGGCUUCUACCAGAGCCUGGGGCUGGGUGAGGUACGGGAGGCCCGGGCCCGGGCCCCGGCCGAGGCCUCCUCAGGUAACAAGCCGUCGUGGUUCGACCAGAACUGGAGCCGCGCUCGGACGCGGAGAGGGUCGGCGGCGGCGGCGGUGUGUCAGCGGAGGCCCCCCACCCAGCCUCGGGCUCAGGCCGAGGAGCAGGCCCCGGGCCCCGGCUACAACUUCUUGGACGGCUCGAGCGAGUACGGCCGCAGGUACGGCUCGUUCCCCGAGCCGCAGCGCCGCCGCAUGAGGGAGGCCGCCCUCGACAUGUUCUACUUCGGCUACGAGAACUACAUGCGGCACGCCUUCCCCCAGGACGAGCUGAACCCCAUCGACUGCCAGGGCCGCGGGCCGGACCGCGACAACCCUUCAAACAUAAACAUUAACGAUGUCCUUGGAAACUAUUCUUUAACUCUGAUCGAUGCGCUUGAUACAUUAGCGGUUUUGGGCAAUGCUUCGGAGUUCAAGAGAGCAGUGAACCUGGUGAUAGCCACGGUUUCUUUUGAUAAAGAUUCAACUGUUCAAGUCUUUGAGGCAACGAUAAGGAUUUUGGGAAGCUUAUUAUCUGCCCACAUGAUCAUAACAGACCCCGUUCAGCCCUUUGGGAACAUGGUACCAGAGGGCUAUGACAAUGAGCUGCUUCACCUGGCACACGACCUGGCUGUCCGAUUGCUGCCUGCCUUUGAGAACACCAAAACUGGGAUUCCCCAUCCUCGGGUGAACCUAAAGAAAGGAGUGCCUUCGAAUUGCGUUAACGAGACCUGCACAGCUGGGGCGGGCUCUUUGCUGGUGGAGUUUGGGAUCUUGAGCCACCUCAUUGGGGAUUCCACGUUUGAGUGGGUAGCUCGGCGAGCUGUCAGGGCCCUGUGGAAUCUCCGAAGCAAUGAGACAGGACUCCUAGGGAACGUGGUAAACAUUCAAACCGGCGACUGGGUGGGGAAGCAGAGUGGAUUGGGAGCUGGCAUGGACUCUUUCUACGAGUAUCUUCUGAAAUCUUACAUACUUUUCGGGGACAGUGAAGACUUGGAGAUGUUUAACGCUGUGUAUGAAAGUAUUCAGAAUCACCUCAGGAGGGGUCGCGAAGCCUGCAACGAAGGAGAGGGCGAUCCCCCGCUGUACGUCAACGUUAACAUGUUUAACGGCGAAAUAAUGAACACGUGGAUUGAUUCACUACAAGCGUUUUUUCCUGGACUUCAGGUUUUAAUGGGUGAUGUAGAAGAUGCCAUUUGUCUUCAUGCCUUUUAUUAUGCCAUAUGGAAGCGCUUCGGGGCCCUUCCAGAGAGAUACAACUGGCAGCUUCAAGCACCUGAUGUGAUGUUUUACCCAUUGAGGCCUGAAUUAGUGGAAUCUACAUAUCUGCUGUAUCAGGCAACGAAAAACCCGUUCUACUUGCACGUUGGAAUGGACAUCCUGGAGAGUCUGGAGAAAUACACCAAAGUCAGAUGUGGUUACGCCACCCUUCAUCACGUAAUAGAGAAGUCAAAAGAAGACCGAAUGGAGAGCUUCUUUCUCAGCGAGACUUGUAAAUAUUUAUACUUGCUAUUUGAUGAAGACAACCCAUUGCACAGAUCUGGGAGCAAAUACAUAUUCACAACAGAGGGCCACAUUUUGCCAGUGAUUAAGCUGUUCAGAGAGAAGCCUUGGCAAGAUGUCUUUCCCAAGGAGGAAGAUACCUUCGCUAACUCUGAGGUGGACUACAGGCCUGCGAACUCGAGUAUCAAUUGCAGUCGGGUCUCUAGUGAGCGGAGGUUUGCGCUGCCUUUGAAAGGAAUUUACAUGCGGCAGAUUGACCAGAUGGUGGGACUCGUUUAAACGGACAUCUAUAAUGGCUCACACACACACAAGAGAAAAACGUACAGGGAUAUAACCUUCAGCUAUGCAAUUGCCUUUGUGUCUCAACGUGUUGAGGAUUAUUUAUUAGGGUUUGUACUCGCACCUGGAAAACUGAGGAAUCUUUCUGGCACAUUCUGCCACCCCUACCGUGUUUCAUGUUGCGUUUAACUUUCUGCUCCUGUGCAGAAAGAAGGAAACCUGUAACCUGAAGGUGGCAGGGUUACGCAAAAUGUCUUCUAUGAAGGCAAAGGAAUACUCGCAGGGGCUCCUUGCAAGGAUACAAAAUGUACCUCUCCAGUUCAACUUCCUAUUCCUUGUUUAAAUGCAUUACCGGACACUUGCUGUGUAGUUUGCCUUUAAUAUAUAGUAAUUUCAAAUAGCGGCAGAGCACGGCACAUUUAGAAUUUUUUUUUAAUGUAUAUUUGAAUAAGAACUAUUGAAAUCUGAAUUUUCUACCUGGAAAUGAGAACGGGUGGCGGGGUGAGGUGAGAGAAGAGGUGGUGAUGAGUUUGAGCACUUUAACCUGUGUGCUUUACUAUAUAUGAGACUGGACCAUGAGACACAUGAAACUGUCUUCCUUCGUGGCAACCCCUCUUCCACCUUCACCCACUCGCUCUCCUCUCUUGUCGAAUAUUUAAUGGAAAGAGAGUGUUGGCAGGAUGCUCGUGUAGAAAAAGAUAGAGCCGGUUUAAUCUGACACUAGAUGUGACAGGAAUACUUAAUAACCGCUGGACUAUGUGCCAAAAAAAUCAUUACCUGCUGGUGACCUCUAGUGUGUAGGCAUCCACAUAUUAUUUUUAUUAUUGAUAGCUUGUCCAGCGCGGACAGCUUGGGUCAUUUAAAAUGUCGUUGGCUGUACUUGUAGACGGCUGGGGCAGAUGUAACUGGGAGCGAGGAGGACCAGAAUGUCGCUGUGAAAUAUGCUUGUGCUUUAUGAUCAUGGAAUUGUGCCAUAUAUUGCCUGUGACUUCUGGUUUUGCCUCUUUCUUGUGGCCUCUCUUUGGCAGGUUGAUUCGUUUUGAUGCGAUGAAUGUGUUUUGCACAGAUAAAGGUGCUGGGAUGAGUGUUGGAGUGAGGUGGAAAGGGGCAAGGGAAGAAAUAAUUCUCCUCCACAUGUACCACCGCGGCUUGGAAGCCUAUUCUCAGACCUCCUCCUUAUUAAUGAUCGUCCAAACUGCUUUUCAUCAUUGAAACCAUCCCGUGUUGCUGUUCAGAUAUCACCAGUUUUUUUUGAAUGGGACGAAUUAGGUUUUCGCAGUCAAAUGAUUAAAUGAUUUUUUAAAAAUUCGGCGAGCUUCAGGGAUAGAACAACAUUAACAAAAACUUUAAGUUAAAGUGCUGAGUAAAUGUAAUUCUCUGUGUGUGAUCCAAACACAAGCUACAAAGUUAGAGACUAGUUCUCCUCGACCAAGCAAGAUAUUCGGACCAGCUUGGAACUUUGCUCGUAAACUCAUCACUCGUGCGAUGCGUGUUAUGAGACACGUGGAUACCAAACGGCCCCGGCUUUAGUCUGUUUUCCAAAUCCAUGGGCUUCCUGGUGAGCAGCUCCCAAGUCUUUUUUGCUUGCAUUACUUUGUGCCAUUGGCACUUUUUCUCCAAUCCAGAUCAGGCACCUGUGCAAAAUGGUGAAUGUUUCAGCUUUCGCCACUUUCACCAACGGCAGUGGAGUCGAUCGUUCACACUGUAUUAUCAUUUGGGCGUCUGUUCUGGCCAUCCAUUUUGGAUGGCCAAAGGGAGAGGAGGAAAACAUGAGAGUUUAGAAUUUAGAGCCUAGGUGUUUCCCUUACGUUGGCAGUGAUUGGGACUCGCCCAUGUGUGAAAUCAUGGCUCACCCGGUUUUAUACCACUUGGUGUUGUACCACUUCAAGAUUUUGUUUGUGUGGUUUCCCUUCAGCUUCCCUUUUCCUUCCUUCCCUUCGCCCGGGCCUGUUUCCUGUAAUUAUCCAGCGAAACCGAGCCACAAAUAAGGGAGAUGUAUCAGGUUGAAGUGCAUAACAUCUCUCUCCUAUCAAUGCAUUUUGUUGGUGGGACUAAGUGCUUAAUCACCUGAUUUAAAAUGCGGGGUCCUGGAUUAGUAUGUAGAGCACCAACCUCACUCCGAGCUAUUUAAGGCUUUCAGUCGAUCUUUUGUACCCCCCUCCCCCCUUAACACAAUACUAUUGCUGGAGUCUGUCUGUCUGAUCACUCACCUUGCUUUCACUUCCCCAACCAAGUCACGCCACACCAAUUCACCAUUUUUUUUUCCCCCCCCCUGUGCCCUACGUGAAUUUUUGUUGAAGUGGUUAAUGCCGUACUAUUGUCGGGGUGGGCUCCUGCUACAAGCCCACCCUUACUGUGCCCUUCCGCAGAGAGGAAUUGGGAGCCUGAACCACGAGAAAGAUUUGCGUAAGAAACCUAUCAUGUGUGCAGUGGAAAUGCCCAACACGAGCCUUAAUAUUCCCCCCAAAAAGUGUUGCGUUUUUCAGGUUUUGUGUCCCGACCACGCCUUCGAUAGGUAAAUCAAUCUGGGUUCCAUCGCAGAGGAUUUACAAGAGCACAGUGCGUUUUCCUUAUCUUGUGAAAUGUUGGCAAGAUAAACCCUCUUUUUUAAAAAAAAAACUAUUUUCUUACAGAUAAAAGUAUUUACUCAAUGCUGGAUGUUUAAUACUGUUAUACAGAACAAUACUCUUGCUGUCGAUGUUUACCAGAAUCAAUGUGCAAUACACUUUGUAUUAUAGAGAAAUUAACUAUAGGUUUUAUUUUCCUGGAAUAUACAAUGGUAUAAAGAGUUUUACAAAGGACCAAACCAAUGUUCUUUAUAAUAAAAAAUGCAGUGCCAAUCUUAA